AUGACAAGAGAUGCUAAACGCCCUCGAGGGAGACCACCAAGGAGAUGGGAUGAUGUGUUCGCUACACGGAUGGACCAGCUGAGAGCUCAGCUGGAUUCGGCUCAAGGACCUCGUCAACGUCACUCACGAAACUUGAGAACAUCUUGGAUGACAAUGGCGAGGAAACGAAACGAGUGGAAGAGAUGCUGGGGCCCGAACUAUCAGUGA